GGGGGAACGUGCCUCUCGCUCCCCAAACCGGGAACCGCAGUUCGGCAUGCGGCGGGGACAAAUAAGCUGAAGGGGUUUUUUUUACAGCUCACCUUGUUCUGCUGUGUGUUCACUAGGUGAAAUAGGGCAGGAUGGUGACGUAAUUUUUUCUUAGAAAAUGGCUUGUUUUUCUACUUACUCUCAGCUAACACUAACAUAACUUUAACUUACAAGGGAGAAAAACUCAAAUCGUCAGUGGUGGGCUAGAACAACUAUUAUUUGCACAUAUGAUAAUGAUGUGACCUCUGUUUUGUUUAUUACGUUUAAAAACAAAGGCACAGUUGUAUGUGGAGCUCACUAGGCUGGUGGUGUGUAUUCCAUUCAGCCAGAUCAGCAGAUUUGUUUUAGUGGUAGAAAACCAAAUUACUGGCGUAUUAUUUUAGCACGUCUUCUAUAAGAACUGAUCAAAAACAGUACUUUGUUUUUUCUUUGAAAAUAGUUUUUAAAUUUCUGACAACUUAUAUCAAAAUUGCUAUGAAGGAUUUCAACUGAAAACUGCUUUUUAUGAACCACUACUUAAAAGGGCUAAGAUGGAUAGCACAGAGGAACCUCAGAAAAAAGUCUUUAAAGCACGAAAAACAAUGAGAGUAAGUGAUCGGCAACAACUUGAAGCUGUCUAUAAGGUUAAAGAGGAGCUGUUGAAGACAACUGAAGUGAAACUGUUAAAUGGAAAACAUGAGAAUGGCGAUUCUGAUGUAAAUUCCCUUUUAAGCAAUACAGACUGUAUGGAAGACAAGAAAGAAAUUAAUGGCAUGGUUGAGUUGUGUGUUAACUCUGAGGAAAGAAGAACAGCUUCUGAUGAAAUUAGUGAGGCCAAAAGCCCUGAGAGUAGGGCAGGAAACAUAGUCAAUGACAUAGAAUCCAAACCUCUUAUGCUGUCUUCAGAAAAUGUUACUCCUGAGCAAGCUAAAGAUACUGACACUGCAGUAAAUCGCGAGGCUGAAAAUGGAGUGAUUGGUAGCAAUAAAGAUAACUUCCAUGAAGAAAAUAGUAGAAAAGAUCAUUUGGACCAAAGAAAGAAUGAUAUACCAUUGGAAGGUGAAAGUAAAUCAGUCUGUAAUAUUAGUGAGUCUUCUGAAGCAAAGGGGGAAGUGAAUGAUUUAACUGUUAAUUCCAGUUCAUCUGGUGAGGAAAAGAGGACUGAAGAGGUAACUGUUGAAGAGGCUGUUGGAGAAGCAGCCAUCUCUAGCAGUAUGGAAGCUGACCAGGAAAAACAAGAAGGCAGUGCAGGACUUUCAGAAACCACUGUUCCGAAGACAAUAGAUGAGCCAGGUGAAACUAUCUUGGACAAUACUGACUGUAUGGAAACAGAUGAAAUUAUUCCAAUUUUGGAAAAACUAGCCCCUGCUGAAGAUGAUCUGAGCUGUUUUUCUAAAAGUUCUCUGCUUCCAGUGGAUGACACAGUCCCAGAUUUAGAAGAGAAAAUAGACAACUGUUUGGGUUCACCAUCCAAACAGGAAAGCAAUGAAAGUCUGCCAAAAGAGGCUUUCUUAGUGCUGUCUGAUGAAGAGGAUCCCUGUGAUGAGAAGGAGGAACAUGUUGAAGGAAUACUACCAAACAAGCCAAGUCUUCCAGAAGAGGUGGAGGGGGAGAGAAGAAAGGAGUGUGAAGAUAAAGAAGGAGAAGAGGCCCACAAAGAAGAGGAGAAACAAAUAGAGAAAAGUGAAGCAUCAAAGAGAAAGCGUUCCAAAUCUGACGACAUGGACAAUGUUCAUUCUAAACAUCGUCGGUACAUGGGAGAAGAUUAUGAAGCAGAACUCCAAGUAAAAAUUACAGCCAGAAAGGAUGUUGACCAAAAAUUACAAAAGAUUAUCCAGAGACUUUUAGAAGAAAAGCUUACCGCUUUGCAGUGUGCAGUAUUUGACAAGACUCUGGCAGACUUGAAAACUCGAAUGGAGAAAGUAGAAUGCAACAAGAGGCAUAAAACAGUGCUUACUGAAAUGCAGGCUAAAAUUGCGAGAUUGACAAAGCGGGUUGGAGCAGCCAAGGAGGACUUGAAGAAGAGACAGGAAAACGUGGCAAAUGCCCCUGCAUCUCCAGGGAAAGCAGCAGCCGACACUGCAAACGUAAACAACGCCACGUAUCGAAAUGCUGGCACAGUGAGGCAAAUGCUGGAGUCAAAGAGGAAUGUAGGAGAGAGCACACCAGCAACUUUUCAAGCCCCUGUGAAUCCAGUGCCUGCUUCCAGUCUUGCUGCUUCUCCAGCAGUUGUCAGUGGACAUCCUAAGCUUCAGACUCCAGUGUCCUCCACCAGCUCUUUGACAACAACAGUGCUUCCCACAGCUAACACGGCUACGGUUGUAGGCACUAACCAAGUGCCCACUGGCAGCACUCAGUCAGUGGCUGUCUCAUUGCAGUCUUUGCCCGUAAUCCUGCAUGUACCUGUUGCGGUGUCAUCCCAGACUCAGCUCCUGCAAGGCCACACAGGGACUUUGGUCUCUAACCAGCAGUCAGGCAACGUUGAAUUUAUAUCUGUACAAAACUCAUCUACAGUUGGUAGCCUUACCAAAACUACAGUGUCUUUGGCAUCAACUAACACAACUAAACCAAAUAACAUCCCACAUGUGCCCAGUCCUGGUAUUCAGAGGAACUCUACAGUCAGUGCUGGGUCAAUAGGCACAACGUUGGCAGUACAGGCUGUUCCUACUACACAUCCUGUUGCCCAGACCACAAGGACUUCUUUGCCCACAGUGGGUACUCCAGGACUUUAUAAUGCGACCGCCAGUCGAGCGCCCCUACAGAUGAAGCUUCCCCUCUCUGCAUUUAGUAGUACAGCUCCUACUGAACCACCCACUGUUGCAGCACCCAAGAUUGAAAACCAGACAAGCAGGCCACCAACAGAUACUUCGGCAAACAAGCGACCUGCUGAGGGAACAACACAGCAGUUGAAACAGGAAGAGACUUCAUCAGAAAAUAAAGAAGCAGUAGAAGCAGCACAGACGAAUUUUAACUUCCCUGAGGAUGUCCUCUUUGGAUUGGAGGAAGAGGAAGAGGAUGCUAAGAGCAUCAAAAACACCCACAAGCAGACUGGCUGGGCAGCUAACCUGUUAAAACAGUGGCUGGCCAAAAAUGGCAAGGAUCCUAGCUUUGAAUUGGUUCCAGUAAGUGAACUCAAUGAUAUCUUAAGAGAGUUUUAUUACACUAUAAGAAAUCACGAUGGAAAUACCUACAGCGUGGCAAGCUACAAGUCAAUGCGUGCUGGCUUAAACCGGCAUCUCAAAAUGCCACCUUAUAAUCGUCAGAUUUGCUUAAUGAAGGACAAAGAGUUUGCGAGUGCAAACAUGGUGUUUGUGAGCGUGCUGAAGAUGCUGCGCAUGCAGGGGAAGGAUGAGACUCACCACCAUCCUCCUAUAGCUGCCGAGGACUUGCGUAAGAUUAAGCAAUCUGGUGUGCUGGGUUUGCACAGUCCACUGGCACUCGUCAACAAGGUGUGGUUUGAUUUGCAGUUGCAUUUUGCCAAGCGAGGGAGGGAGAUUCUAAGAGAUCUGGCUCCAGAUGCAUUUGUUGUUGAGAAGGACAAGAAUGGGCGUCGAUAUGCUAUGUUUAGGUAUCCUGGCAAAGGAAAAAAUGGCGAAGAUCCUCAUAAAAUGGGUAAAAUGUAUGAUAUGCCUGGGGACCCAAACUGUCCUGUUUUUUCCUUGGAACUUUAUUUGUCCAAGUUGCCUCCAGAGCCCCCUGCCUUUUACCUGCACCCUCUAAAGCUAACGUCAGAGCAAAUGCAAGAACAGCCUGUCUGGUACAAAAGAGAACCGAUGGGUGUGAACUACCUGGGCACCAUGAUGCCCAGGAUAAGUGUGGCAGCCAGGCUCUCUCAGCGGUACACCAAUCAUUCUCUCCGAACUACCACCAUCCAGCUACUGUGUGAAGCAGGACUGGGGCCUAGAGAAAUAAUGACAGUGACAGGCCAUCGCUCUGAGUCUGCUAUUAGACACUACUGGGGAUCUGCAGAGGUUCACUACAGGGCCUGGUCAGAUAUAAUGGGAAAUAAUGCCCCCAGUUAUCGAUAUAGCAAGAUCCCAAAUGAAGUGAUAAAAGAAUCAGUAUCUGGCGCAUCCACCUCUUCUGUGAAACAUGUUGUUCUAGAACAAAACAAAAUUUUAUUCCCUGCAAAAUCUGUGGUGCCACCUGGCACUAACUCUGUGGCUUUAGUCCCUGAGGGACACCCAGCUCUGAAUUGCAGAAGCCCCAUCCUGUUGAACCACAGUUCUUCCAAGGUGUUUCUCCCCAAGAGCAUGACUGGUGGGAAUCUAACUGCCGGUCCCCUUCAAGGCUGUUGUAACAAACCUGUCUUUAUAAAGCGUGUGAUAAAGCAAGAACCAAUGACUUGAUGCUUCUGUAAUAGAAUCGAUUUCAGAUGAAUUGCUAAAAUGGAAAAAUUAUCAGAUUUGGUUUUUUACUUGGUCUACUAAGGAAAUUUCUUAUGGUCUAGUUCAGCAAGAAGUAUCCUGUUUGCACUCAAGAUGUGAGCUAUGGAGCAGAAACUUAAACAGAGCAGGGCUUGGAGUUUGUAUGACUUUUUGUGGCAGCUGGGACUCUUUCAAGUGGCUGAGCAGAGCUAUUUAAAAAACAUUAAAGGGAGAUACUGAUUUCCACUUAGCUGAAGAUAUGCUUUCUUCACUAAGAGUGUGGCUUUUCUAUUUUGUGAAGAGUGUUAUUUAUCAUACCAUUUUGUGCCUGCUGGCACUAAUGUAGCAUCUUAAAAAUCAAAUACUUGAUUACUGAAGAGCACCAAGAAAGUAGAAGUUGAAUGAAAAUAGACACAGAUGCACUACAAAUAUAUACAUACGUGUGAAAACACCUGGAUUUGCUUAACCACUGUCACUCUCUGUUCAAAUUAUCAGACCUACCAGAGGACUGUGCCUUUAUUUUAUUUUUUUUAAAACAUUCUUCUAAAUUGAUUUUCUCUGUGAGCUGCAGAUUUGCAAUGCAGGUCUUUUCUUACUUAAUAUUUUUGGCUUAGGAUUCCAGUCAUUCUGUUCUCCAAAGGCAUUAUUAAUAUGUGUGGUAUUAAAAUUGGGAUCUCUCUGGUUGUGCAUGAAAUGGGGAAAACAUUCUCAAAAGAGCUGAAAACAAUUUCUUGCUUAAAUGCCAGGUAAUUAGAGUUUGAGUGUUGUCUCUGUGCCUAACUUGUGAGAGGCUUUUUUGUAUUUCCUCUCACCAAUCCCUUCACUGCAUUUCACAUCAUCUUUGCGCUCUAGUCUUUGUCCGUGUAAUAUAAGUACAUCCUCUUCUGCCCCACUGAAUGCUGUCCAAAUAAUAUUUUUGAUUUUAUCUUCUUCAGAUUAGUAAACUGAUCCUGUCAUUAUCUUUUCCAUAGAUUUUUACAUGUUAGGAAUUCUCAGGAUAGUGGAUGUGAAUAAUAAUUUUCAUCAUAGAUUCUGACAAGAGAUCGUCCUGUAAAUAAAAAUAGAAUACUGGUUAUAGAAUCACAAAUUAUGGUAGGCCCACUUUGGAAGAAGAAACAGUGUAGCAUUUACAACUGUUUUCCAUUAUAUUAACUGAGUGAAACAGACAUUGCUUUGUCUUUUUCAAACGUGUGCACACAUGCACUACAUAUUCAUGGCUUAUCACACAAAGGACUUCACUUGAAGUGUUGGUUUUGCUCAACAAUGGACAAAAUAGAGAAAAAUCCCAGCAGAAAUGACAAAUUGACCAUGAUAAACUCUUAAUUCUGUGGAGAACUUCCUUGCAGGGAUAGGCUUUCAAAUACUGAAUGAGAUUUAUCACUCUGUUAUAGUGUAUACUCUAUGUAGACACUGCUAUAGUCUGUACAGAGGACUUGAUGCCUGAAAUGUUGGAGUUUUCAUCUUUGCUUAUAAGAUUUACCUUUGCGGCUUUGUGUAGGUUAUUCAUACUUACUGCAUCAAUUUUCCAAAGUGUAAGACCAACACAGUGCUCCAUUUUUUAAUGGAACACGUUUGAAAGGUUUUAAAAGUUCUGUAGUGAUCUUAAAUUUACCUAUGAUUGAGAUAGUUGAUCUGAUGUAAUUGUUAAUAUAAAAAUUACUUCUGCACAGUCCUACUUCCUUAGUAGGAGCAUUAAUUUAUGAUAUCAAUGACUAGAGGAAAGAAAGCAUGGAUCAUUUUGUCAAGCCUAAAGUAAAUCAAUUAGAGAUGGUAGAGAAAGUGAUCCUUUCUAACAGCUAGAAGAAAAAGUAGAAAAACAAAGGGCAAACAGUUCUCAAAUUAUAGAAGAACUGUGCACUAACUUAUUCUAGGAUAUUUUAGGGUAACACAGAUUUCCAAAUUUUUGGGAUUCAUAGAAUUCGUAAGUCAGCAAAACUAAAUUUAAUCCAAACUUUCACCAGGAUGGGUAUGUAUUACUAUUGCCCCCCAAAAAAUGUUUCCAUCUUUGUCUUAGGUAGUUGCUUCUUCCAGCAUACUGGCAUUGAACAUUUAUCCUCCAGAAACAAGAAAAGUAGGUUGCCAGGAGAUGAUUCUGUGUUCCCUCUUGCUGCAUACCGUGAUCAUACUGACCACACGCCCUGCUCUGGUUCUAACUGCAUCUGGGUGACUUAGUGCAACAGCAAAUUGCUGGUGGCUUCCUUCUUCAACAUAAAUCUAGUUGGUGAUUAAAACAGGAAGAGGGACUCUCUUGGCCAGUUUUGGCAUGUCUCUAAUUCUUUUUGAUUAUCAUUUGGCUUCUAACUUGACUUCCGUUCUGUUGGCUUAUAAUUGGGUAUUUCUGGAUUCUCAUUUGUUAAAUUCUAAUUCUGUUGGCACCAACUGUACGGCAUCCUCUUACUACCUUCACUUUGAACCUGAUUCUUCAGAACUACUGCCUGCAGUAUAACUACUAUACUGUAGUAUAGUAGGUUUUGUAUGGGAGAAGUUUUUUUAAAUUAGAAAGUAUUCCUCGUUUGGGCUGGAAGUAUUGUUGCUUCACAAGACCCGGGAUCAUUGUUUACUAAGCUUUCUGGUAAAAUUUGGAUUAAUUCUAGUUAGUAGAACAUCUUUCUAACCUUCCAGAACUGAAAAAUCUUUCUCCUGUUUCCCCUCCCACCUAAAGUGUUAAAUGAAUCUUUCCUACAUGUAUUUUAUGUCUAGAAAAAACUGAAGUAAACCAAAUGCAUAUUUUGCAGCUUUUGUAUACUCAGUUUUGGCUGUGAGUACAGUAAUGUGGGGAGCAAGGGGUGAAGUUUCUAGUCAGUGCUGUUCAUGGCAGUACAAGUUAUGCUGUGUGAACAUAAUGAAUUCUAUCAAAAUGGACAUGAAUUGUACUCCUCAGUUGCAGUAUCAGCAGAGAACCUCAAACAGCAGAAUAACAGAGUUUCUUGGGUUUUUUCCCAUUAUUUUUCUGCUAUAAGCGAACCUGGAUGGUGAACCAACAGGUUAAGAAUAGUUUGUUUAAACUUAGAUUUAGACUUUGGCUGCAAAUUUAAUGCAAAAUUGUCAAUCAUCAUUUAAAAUUCACUUUAAGAAUCUGAAUUUAACAUAUAUUCUUUGAUAGAAGUUUAUCAUCUGUGACUCUUGAAUUUUCUAAUUAGAUCUUGUCCUAAAAUAAGACUGUUUCAUUUCAGUUGCAAAAAAAUCCGUAAAAAGCAAAACCAACCAACCAGCCAAUAAUCCCUCACCAGAAAAAACCCAAACCAAAACAAAAAACCCAACACAAACAAAAAACAGCACUUAGUCUAUGUCAACUAAAUUAAUACUGGCUGCUAUGUUAUUGAUUAAAUUCCAUUUCUUUUGAUGGAGGUGACCCUGAAAACAGUAGAGAAUGACUGGUUCCUUACAUAAUACUUCCAUAAAUUUAGUUUUACAUCUCAUUUUCAUAAUUCAGCUUUUGUACUAGUGUUAUGAAUCUAGAACUUGUUUUCUCGGUGUUUUCCUGUUAAGUUUGGAAAUCUCAGCUGUUACUUAAGGGCAACUCUUAACUACUUUUUGUUUUUAUGAACUUAGCAUGGUAUCUUAAAGUAUGUUAAAUUUUCUUUGCUAUAUGCACCUUCUCUGUACCAUGUGAAGAGCUCCACUGUACAUAGUGUCAAAUACCUGAAGGCAUUGGAAGGAUGCUUUGAAAUUGAAUUUGUUCUUGGGUUUGUUGUGGUUUUAGUCUAAUACCUCUGGUUAUCCUGAACUGUACAGCUUCUCAGUAGUUGCUGUUUAGGUCAGCAUAGUCAAAGUUUUCAGUAUGCAGUUUGGACAUGCGAUUUUGCUGUAUGACUGUUUCUUGUUUUUUCAGCCUCUCUCUUGCUUCUUGCUCCAAAAGGAGUGGCUGCAGGGAUGUGGGAGGGGGCAUCUUACUACUUCUGUUAGUCUUUCAUCUUCAGCUUUUUUCUGCAUACACAGAAAUUUAAGGGUUGUUAUUUGGUCCCAGUCAUUUUACCAAUGGCCGUUCCAGUGCCUCGGGUCCUUGAGUUGCAUUUGAAGACAUGACAAGCACUUUUAAUGUAUUGGGGUAAAUAUUAUUGUUACAGAGGCAAAGGCAUUUUUAAUUAUAUAGCAAAUCUUUACAAUGGUUUUAAAGUAUUUUAGUAUGUAUCCCAGUUAUAGAUACAGGAGUUAUAUAUAAUAUAUAUAAUAUAUAAAUAUAGCUAUGGUAUACUGAGAGAAUCUAUGAAAGCAGUUUUAUUAUAUUGUAACAUAAAGUAACAGGGAACAAAUCUGAACAGGGUUUGAUGUGUUCAAAAUGUCUGGCAUAAGUCAAUGGUCAAGAAUGUUUGCAUUAUAUUUAUCAAAACACCAGGUCAGGUGAAUAGUCUUUUGUUUCUUGUUCCCUGCUUCAUGUGCAUCUUAUCCUCUUAAGGAGUAAAUAUCUUUUUCUGUCUAAAUUUCAUCUGUGCAUUUCACUUUACAGCUACUAUUAGUUUAUUAAAUAAAAGUCCACCAGCGUCCUAUCCAUUUCCCAUUGCUUCUGACAUACCUUGAUUUGUUUGGUUGAACUACAGUUUAAUUUAUUUUGCUGACUAUUGGAAAUUCAUCUGGUACAACAUUAAUAAAGUACAUUUAUAACUCCUAUCUCUUUACUCUGCAAUGUGUAACAAACUUUGUGAGUGUCUCUUGGGAAAUAAUGUGAGCAAAAUGGAUAUGUCAGCUUACAAUUUAUAAGCAGCUAUUAAUUCUAUGUUGUUGAAGCAUUAUUGAUGAAUAUGUUUCCUUGAAUUUCAUGGUUUUGUCACUGAAAAUAAACAUAUAUAGUUAUAUAUGUAAAAUGGGCUGCUUGGCUUUUGUCUAUGACCUUGAGGUUAUGUUCACGCUGUUUAAAAUGCCACUAGCUCUCGUCUGUUAGAUAGAACCUUUGCCCAACACUAAUUAGAAAUCUGAAUUACAAAGUUGUUAGCAGGGCAUCAGGUAGCUGAAUUGGAUGGCUGUUCUAAGAAACACAGUUAAAGUGAAUCCCUUAUUGUGUGGCUUUUAAAGUGAUUUGUCUUUCCCUGUGACUUACCUGCGUUACUUAAACCACCCCCAGCUACUGAGAGCAGCUUUAAAUGGGUAAAUAUACUUGUGUAUUGUAGGCCCAAAUUUGUCAUUUGGGGCCAAGAAUUUUGGAGGAGAUAUUAAAACAAUCUAAUUGAUUAUGCCAUUACUCCAGGCAUGGAGCUUUAAAAAGCUGUGGUAAACUAAUCUGAAAAGUAUUAUAAAUAUAUUUACUUUUCAAUAAGAUGGUCUUCCACCAUCCAAGACAGCCAUCCCACGUGAUACUGUUGGGAAACUGUCAGUGAGUUUUGGGGAAAUAAGGUACAUGUUUCGCCUUCAAAGAGUAAGAACCAGUAAAGAGAUGUGUGUGUGUGUGCACGUAUGUUUGUGUUUAUUAUAUACCCUUUUAACUGGCUGAUAAAGGAAAAAGAGAAUCACAGAUGCAGAAAAAUACUUCUAGCAUUGUGUGAAGUGUUUCUUUGUAACUUCUAAUUGGGACUAGGAUUACUAGCAUCUAAAACCAGCUAUGCUGGCAACCAAUCUCUUAUUUGUGUUCUUGUUAAUAGGGGUAGCCAGACCAUCAUCUGCUCUUUGCACCAAAGAAGUGAGAGGGUAUAUAACACUUAGGGGUUACUAUAACUGGUUAUUCACUUUUUCCGUGCUUACAUUGUUCUUGUUCUGUAGGAAGUGUUGCACAGUACCAGUUAAGGGUAAGGAGAAUGUAGCAAUCUUGUGAAUGCAACACAUAAAAUGUCUGUUAAAAGAGUUUUUUAGUAUUAUGCAAAUAUGCAACCACACACUAUCAAAACAUGUAUUGCAGCACUGUGAAAUUUUGUGUAAACUUUGAUCAUGGUAAACUGCUUCCUUUAUUGUGUUAUCGUUUUCCUUUUUACCUUGAUAAGAGACGACAAAUAUAUUUGGUACGUGGUUGAGUAGAUUUUCAUGACAUCUUUGCAAGGCUGGAAUAAUUAUUUCAGUUUUGUGGGAGUUACUGCAUUGGAAAAAACAACGGUUGAGGAGUGAUAAAUCUGACCCUGAAGUAGUCUGUGACUGUAAUAUGCUCAGAAAUGUAUAAAAAAAAUAAUUUUCACAAUUGCUUAAACUGUGCUUGCAAUCUGUAGUUUUGUAUAUGGAUGACUAAAAAUGAAAUAUUGACUUUAUAAUUACGCAUACAAACACAGUUUUACCACCCUCUCUAUGCACAUCCCAUUCCCGAGACAUAUUUUUAACAUCACUCCCCAUAAUUUAAGAUUGAUUUUGCUAUUAUAUAACGCCUUGGUGCAUCAUGUGUUAUUGUGGUGGUAUGAUGCUUCAUGAAUUGUCUGGUUUACAACUUCCAGAUUUUUUUCUAGUUUGGUCUUUUUUUCUAGUAGAAACUUAAUAAAAUUGUCUCCACUGUGUCAGUGUGCCACACAUAGUCUUCAGAAAUUUUAUUUACUACCCUGAAAUACGUUUUUUAUUUUGCAAUUUAUUUUUUCAUUGUUGCAUUUUUUCCCCUUAAUUUUUCACUUUUACAUACUGAAAUGUUCCUUUAUGAAAAGCAGGUGGCAUUACAAUCAAUAACCUUGUUAUCUCUUUGUGAUGAACUGAACUGUGGCGUUAUAUAAUACCAAAACUUUUAAAAUCGUAUCUAUCAUAUGUGAAUAGAGAAGUGAAUAUUCAGAACUUUCUUCAAAAAUACCAACUUGCAGCUUUUGGUUUUUCAUGUGGUACAAUACAUGUGCAUGUUGUUGAGCUGUUCAGUUUGAGCUUUAGAGGUUUCUUUCCCAGUUUUUUACAGUAGUUUGCCAUUGGUGUAUAUGUGCUGUGGUGUUUUAACUUUUUCUCUGUUAAAUUUCACAGUUGCAGUUACGGUGGGAGAUAACUUCUUUUCUCAAUAUCAUGUCUACCAUAUGUGCUUUCGCCCUUAAAUUGUCUCCUUCCUUACAUUUGUUUUCCUUGUGGUAUUGGAGUAGAAAAAAUUGUGGAGAUAAGUGUCUGUAAAAAAGCUUUUUCUUUCUUUUCAAAAUUGCAAAUGACAAAUCAACCUAAUUUGUAGCAGUAAUGAUCUGAAAAAGUUGCUGGCUAGCAAAGCUAAGGUGAUAUUCUUUCUCCCACUCCAGUAUUUUACAACAGUGCGAAGCAGUCUCUGCGAGUGGAAAAACAGUGUAGUGGUAGUAGCCUGUCUGAGUGUCCACACUUUCGUAGAGGCAGAUGAGGAAACUGCUUCAGAAUCACUUGAACACCAGAACCAGCCCUUCAUUUUAUUGCGAGGCUGAUGCCCUUCUGAUUCCCCCUCAUUAAUAUACUGUUUGCUAGUGUGUAGAUUAAUUAUUUGAUACUACAAGUCAAUGGCAUAGGGGAUAUUAUGACAGUCUUCCAAAAGAAGGAAAAAAGUUCUUAAUUAUAAAACAUUUACAUUGGUUUUAUUGCAAAUCUUAAUUGUGACUUCAGGUUCAGGUGACCCUGUAUUUAUCCAUUUUUGACACGUUCCAUGAUUUUUAUUACCUCUAAGAACCCCUUUUCUAUUAUACUUACUGUUUAAAUUUCUGUAAUAUCCAUAUGACACCGGUUUUAGAAAGUCAAUGUGCAAUUAUUUUCUUUAUCAAGGAAAACUGUAUUAUUGCUGCUUUUUCCUAGCAAUUAUCCCCAUAAGUAUAUCUUAUAUGUCAGUCCAUCUAUUUCUCAGUACUUUCUUCAAUGCUUAAAAAGACUUUAGUGGCUGGGAUUGGAAGAAAGCAGAUAUUAUGUAUGCAGUGGAAAAUGCAUGAAAUUGUGAGCAUAGGUAAUUUUUACUGAUUCUUUGUAGAAAACCCUGAAGUGUAGUAACUGAAAUAUGAAUAGCAAUUUUAUAUAAUUAGUUAAUACAAAGUCUUGUUUCUAGUAGUUUUCCUGGUCAAGAAAUCUGAAAAUGUUAGUUUUAAGCAAAAGUUUUGCAGUUAGUAGACACUUAGAAAUACCAAUUUCUAAUGUGAAGCGGUAAAAAAUGCACAAACUUGAAUAGUUGCAUUCAUUUUAUGCAUACUUUCAAUUGUUUUAACUUCCAUAUGCACUAUAAAGCAGUUUCCAUGUAACUGAUGAAGAGGAAUUUAGAAGAGGUUAUGACGUUUAUUUCAGGACUUGGCAGGUUACACUCAGAUACUUGAAAGAGAUAAGUGUUUAUGCUUUCAGUUUUGCCCUCUCUUCUAGGGUCUUUCAGUUGCUGCUUUCACAAGUUCUGUGCUUGCCAUUAAAAUACUUUUCCUUCACACUUGCCAAGUGAGCUGCUUGCCUGGGGCAUCUUACACACAAACAGAUCAUUUCAUGUUGGUAAUUGCAGUAGGUGUGGACAUGACUUUGCAGACUAAAGCAGCUGGGGCAGAGGGGCUGCAAUUUGACAAGAUUUUCUUAAAAGAGCACACUUUUCAAAACAGAUUGUAAGUGUGAAGGGCCUUCUCCUUGGUGGGCUGUUUCAGGAAAAAUGCACAACACUGAGAAUAGCGAAGUAACUUUGCAGUACACUUAACUCAUCCUUCCAUACUUGUGGUGGUGCAUGCUCAGAUGCUGCAUGGCUUGUUAUUUUCUUUUCCCUUGCUAUGUUUUUUCCUCCUCCUGCUUCUUUUUUUCAUCUUUGUUUCUGCUCUUAGUUAUACCUUGUGUCCUCACCCCCCACUUAGCCUUGUGUUUUGCCUUUUUCCUGCAAGUUGUGCGCCUUGUGUUGGGCUGGUCUGUGUUAGACUUCAGUAUGAAGUAUUCAGUUACAGGACAUACUGCUUUUAUGCAAAACAUCUUAAUUGCAAAUUGAAGUUCACCUACCAGCUGAAGACUAAAGAUGUGGUUAUAUUAAAACUGGGAAGUCAAGAAAAGAUGAAGUCUUGUAUUUUUCUCACUUUUUUGGUAAAGAUUUUUUCACAUAUAUAUUUAAAACUGGCAUUUUAAAGUGGGAUUUGUUAGGCUGAAUUUUUAAUUCAAUUUUUAAUUCACUUUUCUCAUUCCAUUGUUUUAUGUUAAGAUUUUUACACUGCCAUGUAAAAAGAGAGAGAUAUUUAAACUAAGGCAACUCAGACACAAUUGUGGUUAACUGGAUGGUUCAGCCCAUGAUGUUGCUACUUCCAGGCUAUACAAACUUUACUCACCUGCUAUGGAUAAAACAGAUCCAAAAUGGCAAUAUGAAUGACAGUAUUUUGGAGGAUUUCUACUUACUUGGAAUUUAAAGGCACAUACAUUAAGAUACAUGAGCUGUAAAGGGAUGGAAAAGGGGGUUUGGUAGCUUACAUUUCUUUUAAAUCUCAAUGUAAACCUUUUUCUGCUAGAUUACUUGAAAUUGCCCAGAUGCUGUUGUAAACAAUCAGUUUUAAGUGCAGCUUCUGUUUGGUAUGGAGACAGGUGCUCUGGUUAUGACAAAUGAUGACAGGUUGGCUUAGGGGGUUGUGAUUUUGUGUGCUUUUGUUGGGUUUGGUUUUGUGUUUGUUAUUUGUAAGUGUGACAUUUUAAAUAUAUACAGAUCACUUUAUAUUGCUGUGAUUGUUUUGUUUCUGUUUCAGCUUAUUUGUAUUCUAAGGUGUGUGAAUCCUUUGUUACUAAGACUUGCUAGGCAAUAUGUGAACUAAAACAUCUAACUAAACAUAUGUUUAGGGGUCUUGUUAAUAGUUUUAAAUAUUUUACUGAUGUGGCUGUACUGAUAGAAAGGUGUUAAGAUGGCAUCAUCUUGUUCUUCUGCAGAGAUCAGCUGAAGCAGUUUCAUGUUGUUGGCUUCCUGUGUUUGGAGAUAGCUAAAAAGUGAUAGCAGACCAGAAUGCUUUGACUACACUUUUCUGCUUUACCAGUGUCUACCCAAAUGCUUGCUGAAAUCUAAUCCGGAGCUGAAAGACCUUGUUCUCUUGUUUCUGUUUUUGACACAAAUGGAAGUGUUGUUCGUACAUGACCGAAAGUCCAAUGCCAGGCUCCCCCUUUACUUCAUCAGGGCUACAAGUGUUCUGAAACUGGGUUCUAAUUUUGCUCAGAGCAGCACAUCUGAAUCUCCAUUUCUAAUGUGUAACAUGGCAGUCUUCUCCAAAGAAUCCGAUUCCCUCCUUUUUAAGGAAGAAAAGAGCAGUUGUUUCUCUGUAGUCUUUCCUCAAACGUAGUGCUGUUGUAAACUAGAGUUUUCACAAGUCCUUGUACUACAAAAAUUUCCCUGAGAGAAUUUCUGGGUAAAAUAGUCAUGAUACUAAAAAGGGGUGGUUUUGUUUUCUUGUUUGGUUCAGCACAGGGUUUUCUGAAAACACUUUAUUACUUGCAUUUCAGAGAGAUGAUGCCGUGUGGUUAAAUUUGUAGGUCUUAACCAUUCUUGUGGUAUCAGUACUGCAAAAACAUCUGGGAUAAGGUGAUAAAGUUUGCUCUCUUAGAUCAUGGAGAUGCUUAAUUUUACCAUGGGAAAGUAGUGUGGACCAAUCUUCUAACACCUGAUUGCCAGUUCUUUCUGAAUUUCCUUUUCAUUCCUGAAUUCGAGAUAUCUACAAGUAUCUGAAAACUGUGUGUGCCAACACUACAAAAUACAGAAAUGGAUACUUCUCCUCCUUUUGAGUGUAGGUGGAUGCUGCAAAUAGUCAAAAUCCUGACUGUUAUGACAGGCAUAAUGAGCAGUCUUGUUUUGUGUGGGGAUACCCUGCCUAUACCAUGCUCCCCUAGGUAGGAAACACAAUGUUCAGCUUUUUUGUUUUUUCAAAUUUCCUUAAGAUUUUCCUGUACCCCUGAAUUUCAUUUGAGGGAAAUGCACAGUUGGUGAAGUAGGGGAAUCUAUCUAGUUUGGGAGGCUAGGGAUACAGGACUUCAUGGUGUGCUGCGUAUUGAGUACAGCAUCUGCUUGGAGUAGCUGGAAUGUGUGUCCCAGAACCAGGACUGGGGGUGUACCACAGAGCUCUGCUUUAAAGGCUUCCCUGCAGAUCUGUAGCUCCUAGGAUGGGCUGCAGGAAGAGCCUAACUACUUCUGGAUAGCUCCUGUUGAGGAGGUUGCUAUCCAGGCUAAUUUAGUAAAAAGCCUUGAAUAGUGUGGUCGGCUAAGAGGUCUUUCUUCCUGAGGAUUGCAUGUAUGAGACCUUGUUGGCUGAGCUGAUUUAAUAGUUGCCUGUUUAACUAACUCAAGAUUUGGCCUUCCAGACACACCAAAAUAAAGAAAUGCGUGCCAUGACACUUGCUGACAUGGAAAUUCAGAGAACUUUCUCAAGUGGCACAGUCAAGUAGGGCUUCAAAACAGUUAGCUGUCAUACAGAGUAUUUUUCUAAGGAUUUUGAUUCCCUUGCAGAGGAAGAAUUGAAAGGAAAUUACUUCUGACUAAUCUCUUUUUUAGUGAUAAGAAAUCAGUAGCUUGGUGUUAGUUUUUUUUUUUCUUUCUCCAGUUCCUUAUAGAUCUCCCUCUCCAUUUUUCAGUCUGCUUUCUCCUGGCAGAGAGAGCCGUGGUUCAAAAUACACAUUGUUGGCUGGGAAGAUCAUCAAGUUGGAAUGAAAUGCCUCUUGACUUUAUGCUAAUCAGUUUAUCAUUGAUUAUUUUAAUGUGCCUUUUUCUUAAGCUUCUAAGUGGUUAAAUCAGCUCAUCAUACUAAGAAACCUGUAGCUAGAAAGUAUUUUAAAUAGCAAUCACUCAACAGAAGAAUUCCAUGGUUAGUAAUUCUGAAAUACGUUUCUCUGUGUAUAGGAAAGAUGAGUCCCUGUAGAGCUCUGUUCUAUCACCUGUGAACAUAAGUAGUUAGAUAUUUCUUACUCAAAUCUUGUAUUGUAUUUUAUUAGCAGCAUUUCAUCAGUGGCAGCAUCAGAACUUAAGGCAAAAAGAAGCCAGGUUGUAAUAAUGCAUAGUAAAGAGAACUGUCAUGCCAGGCACUCCAGAUUCAGUGAGUGAUAAUUCAGGCAGCUUCUGCUUGCAUUUACUAAUCGUACAAUACCUCUUUUUGCUUCUCCUCAGAGCCUUGCCUGUGUAAGAAUUGCCUUUCAGACUUCCUUAAAGGCUUCGUUUUGCCCAAAUGAAAGGUCACAGAACAGAUAAUCUCAGUGCUUAGGCUUUGUGCAUCUGUCACCAUCUGACUGCACAGAAAAAUCUCUAAUAUUCUUAGGGACCAUGUCAGCAUUAGUACAGACUAUGUGGGUCUGAUAACUUACACUUUUUUCCAUGUUAAUUGCUCAGAGAUUUUUGAUAAUUACAGUGUUUUUGUAACUCUUUGUGUUAAGGAAACUUGUUGACUCUAAUUCAUAAAUCAGUAGCAGUUCAGUCCAACAAUAAGUGAUAAUCUCUUCCACAAAACAACAACAAGAAGAAGAUACCACAACUAAAUUUUGUAGCAAGUUUAAGGAAGUAGAAACUGAUAUAAUCACGAUUUUUUUCUAGAAAGUAUAUUUAAAACCACAGAAAUAUGUAAGACCUCUCCCAUAUUAUUUUCAUCACCUAAGGGAAAAUGUUGAUAAUCCCCCAGUCUGACCAGCCAAGGGACAGCAGUUGAUCUAGAAGAUAAAUGUUGUUUGGUGGUCUCCUAGGGCUUUUUGUUAAAACAUUUAACCUCUGCAAUAGCUUAGAAGAUCCCUUUAUGCUCUCUAAAGGGAUGGUUAAAAAUAGAUUUGUAUGUAGAAUAAUAGAAUGCUAAAAUUUGUCAUAAUGGGUGAGAAUACAGUAAUGAAAUUACUGGAUACAAUUGGAGUUUUCUGAUGGCUUUUGAUAUGUUUUGUAAGCAUAGAAGUUCCAGCUUGUAUGCUUACAAAAGCUUUCCCUUUUUCUUAAUGUGAAGUCAGUGUCUUUUUAAGUACACAGGCCAAGCUGUCUCAAAAUAAGUAAAUAUAUUGUCCUCAUGACUGCUCUGUCAGAAAGUUACACCACUACAGAGGAGAGCGCAGAUUACAACUGGAUUAAAACGUUAGGAGUCAUAGUUGAAAUAUACUUUAUAACAGCAAAUUGUUAUGCAUUGAGCUGUAAAACAGCAAUAUGCUACUAUUCAUCAGGGUUUUUACUCCUUCCAAAGCUGAAAAUAGUUUAAUACUUGUUACUGCAAUACAGUCGUUUGGUUAUCGCCCAUUUUUCAAGUCCUGGGAUAUUCGUCUGAAAUUACCUUCUCUUGCUCUCAUUUCAUCAGUUCCUUUCUAAUAAGUAUCUGAGACCUCUCCUGAAUGUUUAAUAUGUGUCCCUUUUCCACCUGUGCUCCCUGGAUUUGCUUUUGCAAA